AUGCAGAUCGUCCUCGCUCUCGCGGUCAUCGUGCCGGCCGCCCUCGCGCAGACCUUCUACGGCUGCUACACCGAGGUGCCCACUCGUGCCCUGACGGGCUCCUCCUUGGUCAACUACACCACCAUGACCAUCCCCGACUGCGAAGCGCACUGCACAGGCUUCGCCCUUUGGGGGCUUGAGUACGGCGGCGAGUGCUACUGCGGCAACUCCCUCGCGCAGGGCUCCUUCCCAGCCUUCUCCACAGACUGCACCAUGCCGUGCGCCGGCGACGCGACGACCGUCUGCGGCGGGCCCAACCGGCUGUCGCUCUACGGCGUGUCGGCCGAGGCCCCCACCUUCACCCCCUACCCGGUCCCUGAGCCCGUCACGGCCCCCGAGUACGAGGGCUGUUGGACCGAGGUGUCGGGCGUGCGCGCGCUGUCGGGCGCGAGCGCCUUCUCGGCGACCGCCAUGACGGUGGAAGGGUGUGCCGACUACUGCCUCAACAGCGGUUUUACGUGGUUCGGCCUCGAGUACAGCGCUGAGUGUUACUGCGGGAGCGAGUUGAACGUCAAUAGCACGCUCGCUGUCGAGGAGGAUUGUAAUAUGGCCUGCUCGGGAGAUGUGAAUGGGGUGUGUGGCGGGUCGAACCGGUUGAGUGUGUACCAGUGGGUGUAA